GCGUGCACUCUGCUGGAGGUUUCAGACGCGGUUGGUCGCUGCUGGGCGAAAAGCUGUUUUUGGACUUUCUAAUGUGUAUUUUUACUUUCUUUUUUCCGUCUCCGCUCUAACUUCGCAGGUUUCGCUCUGAAACUAUAGUUUCAUUAAAACGGAUCUUCAUCCGGGUCGGAGCAGACGCAAACGCUUACCUUUGUCUCAGGUUCGCAGUUUAGCUGGGACCUUUUUCAGAUGGAGGAGCUCAGUGAGGACUGCAGCCUGAAGGAUGACAUGGUGGAUGGGGACCUGGGUGAUGGGAUAGGAGUCACAACAGCACUCAGCUCCACUAGGAUGAAGAGUGACAGAGUGAGCGGUCGCUCAGAGAGUCGGCUGCUCAGGACAGACCCGCUGCAGUGCAGCAGUCGAGCAGGAGAGGCCGUCUGGACUCCUACAAUAAAAACUGCAGAGACACAACAGAGAGCCCAGCGGGAGCUGUCAUACUUUGGCUCACUCGUGGACCUGUCUAAAGACGAACUCAAGGAAAGACUACAGGAAGCAACUAAGAUGAUAGAUGGACUAUGCUGUGAGCUUGAUGUAGCACACCGUUACUUUGAAGGAAAAUAUGAAGCUCUGAAGAUUCUGCAAGGCAAGGCCAUUCUUGACAAAGCUACAAGUCACACUAAAAGUGUGCUGCAGAAAACUGAGGAGAAAGCCAAAGCACUCGAGAAGGAGGUGAACAGUUUGCAGUGGGAGCUCAGCUUCUCUCAGGCUCAGAUGAAGAAAUCUGAGCAGUCCUGGGAGCACAAGCACAACAGAAUGUCAGGUGAGAACAAGCUUCUGACUGACAAGUUGCAGGAGAUGGAGAGUGAGAGCCAGCAGCUCCGAGCAGAAAACUCUGCCUUGAAGCGACAGUACGUGGAACUUCUCUCCAUGCUGAACGUGAAGGAGCAGAGAAUUUACCAAGCCACCAAACCUCAGUACAGCCUGGACACCGAGUCAGGUGUUCUGGAGUUGACUGUACUGGGAGCCUGCCAGUGUGCGUUUGAUACUGAACCGUGUCCAUGUAGUCGGACUGCUGCUGCCAGCAGGAAGCAGUUGGUCCAGUUACAACAGGAGCUGGAUGCUCAGCAUUUAAGGAAAGAAGAGGCCUUGAUGGUUGCAGAUGCUUUUCGCAUCGCCUUUGAACAACAGCUGAGGAAGCGAAGUGAGGAGUUCCUGCUCGUAGCCGAGGCCAAUAUUAAGAAAUCAAAUCACUCUAAAGCUGAAGGUGCCAACAAGAGUCCUUUAAUAAGUGUAAGUAAGAGGCUGAAGGCAUUGCUCCCCUCUGGUCUGGAGAUGAAGAUGCCUGAUGAACAUUUAGAGACUCUCUACAAGCUGCUGGACUUGCUGAACGACAAGGAGGAGGCCCUGGCCCACCAGAGGAAGGUGAGCAUCAUGCUAGCCCACAGCGCUGAGGAGCUGCAGAGACAGUUGCAUCUGGGUUCCAGUUGCCAGCUGCAGGACCCACCAGAACCCAGGAUUCAACAGAAGCAACCCCAAGCUCCACUGGAGAACCAGAGCCAGUCUCAGAAAACAUCUGAGACAUCAGAACCUGAGGUUGAAGUGUCAUCAGAGUGCAAACUCCACAGUCCACCACAGCUCUCUGAGUCCAGGACAGAAUCAGAGGGUGUCUGAGGCUCAUCAAAGACUAGCAGUAAGGUACUGGCUAAUUACAGGAGCUGCAGCCAGUUAUCAUCCUGAUCUCCCCACAUGAGGAAAUACACUGAGGGUUCUGUCUGAGCACUCGGGCUUUACUCUGAAGUCCCAAACUGUGACAGGUUCAUUUGUGACCUGUCCAGAGUAUACCCCAGUCCUAUCAUGGCUGGAGUUGCAUUAUAUGUUGCAUUGCAUGUUCAUCCAAUAUUAUAAUUUUA